AUGGGUAUGAAGUUUUUUGCCAAUGCAAUAUCUGUGUACAGAAAUUAUUGCAGCCAUAGUUUUAGCAAUAGCAUUGUUCAAAAGGCUUACGAGAGUGGAAAUAAGGUCAAGAAGAAUAAACCCAAAGUCCAUAAAGCCAAAAUUAAAUUGACUGAUGAACAGAAUAAUGUGUUAGAUCAUGUUCGUGAUGGCCUUUCCGUGUUUAUUACUGGCUCUGCAGGGACUGGGAAAACAGUUUUGCUAAAGCAUAUAAUCAAAAUAUUGAAAAAGACUUAUGGAGAGUCAGGGGUUUUUGUGACUGCAUCCACUGGGAUUGCAGCAUGCGCUCUUGGUGGACAGACACUGCACUCGUUUGCUGGUAUAAGAAUUGGUGAUGGUAAUCGUGGAAUGUUGCUAGAUUUGGUUUUAAAUGAUAGGGAGGCUCGUAGAAGGUGGAAUAAGGCACAAGUGUUGGUUAUUGAUGAAAUUAGCUUGGUGGAUGCGGAUUUGUUUGACAAACUUGAAUAUAUAGCAAAAACUGUUCGUGAAUCGGAUAAGGUGUGGGGUGGAAUUAGGCUUGUUGUGAGUGGGGACUUUUUUCAGUUACCUCCCAUUUUUAAGGGUCAUGAUCCAUCACGCAAAGAAUUUGCCUUUGAAGCUGAUUGUUGGGAUGCAAGCUUUGAUAUACAGGUUGAGCUUACCAAGAUUUUUAGGCAAUCAGAAAAUAGGUUCAUUAAAUUACUUCAGGGUGUUAGGAGAGGCAACAGUGAUCCUGAAGACUUGCAGUUUCUAAAACAAUCAUGCUCAGCCUCUGAGCCUCAUCCGUCGGCGGUACGGCUCUAUCCAAGGAUUGAUGAUGUGAACAAAGUAAAUGAGGAGAAAAUGAAAGCCUUAUCUGAGGAACAGGUUAUCUAUGAGGCUAUUGAUCGAGGCAAAAAGCCUUGGAAGAGGCAGCUUGCAUUAGGGCUAGCUCCUGACAAACUUGUACUGUGCAAAGGCGCAAGGGUAAUGCUGAUAAAGAAUUUGAAUGUUAUGCAUCGACUUGUGAACGGUGCAACUGGUAUUGUCACUGGAUUCACAGAGACAAAGGGUGGCACGGUCGUAAGUCCUGACAAUCUCUUGCCAGUUGUCAAAUUUGAUUCAGGCCCAGAAAUGGUUAUUGAACCACAAAAGCGGUAUGUAAUGGUAGGAUCAAGGCCUGUUGCUUGGAGACUGCAAUUACCCCUUGUCUUGGCAUGGGCUCUAAGUAUUCAUAAGUGUCAAGGAAUGAGUCUUGACCGUAUUCAUACUGAUCUCUCUAGAGCUUUUGGGUAUGGUAUGGUUUAUGUUGCACUUUCCCGUGUAAGAAGCUUAGAUGGCCUUCAUUUAUCUGGUUUCAGUCCCUCGAAGAUUAAGGCUCACCCCAAGGUUUUGGAGUUCUAUAGUCAUCUUGCAUGA